AGCAUGAGCGGUGUGGAAUCUGUGUGACAAUCAAAGAGCUGGGGACGGUAACAGCCUGUGACUGAUCUAUACACACACAGGUCUGACAGCGGCACAGGAAGUGUAAAGGGAAGAGCUACCAGAAAUAAAGGAAGCCUAGGCGCUGUGAUGGAUCUUAUCUGCGUCUGGAGCUUCGUCUUGGCCAUUCUUCUACCUCUGGGGAUCGCUUCUGACAGCAACAAGCACAAGAAAGACACUGCGUUUGAAAUCUAUAAGAAACUGUUUGAGGUAAAGAGGAAGGAUCAGAUCAACGCCCUGAAUAAUCUCAUAGAGCUGAACGAUGUCAACCAGCAGUACAAGAUUAUAGACAUCAUGUUAAAGGGGCUCUUCAAGGUACUAGAAGACUCGCGAGCUGUCCUGAUCGCUGCUGGAGUGCGGCCUGAUGGUUCCUUCCCUGAAGAUGAGAAGAUUAAGGACGCCUAUUCACACACUGUGGAAAAUUCUGCUUUCUUUGGUGAUGUCGUUUUACGUUUUCCAAAGAUUGUUCAUCAUUAUUUUGAUCGCAACUCAAAUUGGAACAACCUGAUCCGGUGGGGGAUCGGCUUCUGCAACCUGAGCAGGAUCUUUGACGAUGGGCCUCACUCUCAGCUGCUGGGGCUGAUGUCUCAAGAGUUGGGGAUCAGCGAGAAAUCCCCGGAUUACAGGAAUCCGUUCAAGACAGACAACAUGGAGUUUUUGUCCAGCACAGAUGCGUUUCAGAAAGCGUUACGAGAAGAAGAGAAGAGAAGACGGAAAGAAGAAAAGAGGAAGGAGAUACGAAAGGGACCUCGUAUUACACGCUCACGGUCUGAGCUAUAACGCCAGGAUGGUGUGAAGGGUUAAUGGGCCAGUGUAAGAUCCCUGGGGGCAGGUCACAGAAGCCUCACACCUGCUGACUGUUACAGAAGUGUGAAUAAUAUAACGGUGAACCUACAUUCCAGAUCUGAGUGAUCUAUCACAGCAGAGCUCUCGCGCUCUGGGGGACUUUUCCAGAGAUAAAUUAAUUUCUAUUUAUUUUCGUUAUCCACAUUGUGCGCAGAGCCAUGGUCUGGCGCAAAACAGAACCUGUAGGAGAAUAUACUUCUACGGAACCAGUGAUGUUGCACUGUUGGGUAAUACAGGUCUGGAAUUAGGUUUUCACUUGCGCUCGCAAUAAGGGAUGACAUCUUUACCUGCUCAGUGGUUUUCUACCUUUUCAGAACUGUGAAAAUAAAUAAAAAAGGAAUGUUACUUGAUUGUGUGUCUAAAAAUACUGUCCUUGUAUAUAGAUUGAAAUGUCUUAAAGGGAAGUUAUCCGCUAAUUCAUUACAGCACAUUAUUUUAGCAUUAAUGUCCCUGUCUAACUAUGUAUUUAUCUACCACACAGCUUAUCAACUGUAAGAUUGCAACGUGUGGCUUGUGAUUGGUGGCUACAUGCGUAUUCUGUUCAGUCAUGUACCAGUCAUGUACUAGUCAAGAGCUGCAAUGUCUGCGUCUUAAGCUCUGCGUUUAACUCCUUUGUUGGGGGUUAAUCAUACAUUUUGCAGGGUCACUAGUGCUGAAAUUACAUGCUAUAAUAAAUUUAUAUCAAUUUAAUUUUCAGUGGAACGUCCCUUUUAAAAGCAGCGUGUUCUUAUUAUGGGCUAUAUUACAAGUGGAGCAUUAAUUACCUCUCCCGCUCGAGCGUUAACAUUGCUGGAAGUUAACUUUUUGCACGUGUUGUGUAUCGCUCGUAUUACAGGUUGAAAGUAAAAAACGUUGUGCUUGUUUUGAGAAGCAGGAAUGUGAGCUUAGGAGCUACAUUUAGCCACCAAUCAGCAAGCGCUACCCAGGUGCUGAAUCAAAAAUGGGCCGGGUCCUAAGCUUAAAUUCCUGCUUUUCAAAUAAAGAUACAAAGAGAACGAAGUAAAAAUGAUAAUAGGAGUAAAUUAGAAAGUUGCCAAAACCUUGUAGUUUGUUCCUGUGAACCCUGCAAAGAAGAAAGGUCAUUUUAAAAUGAGGCUGGAAUCCAAUUGAUUAUUCACUGUUGUAGAUGUGGAAGUCUGAUUCUGUUACCUAAAUUGCAAGUGUGCUGUUUUCCAUAAUUUUUUUUUUUUUUGGUAAAAAAUAAUAAUAAAUGUAAUGGUAAUGUUUUUUUUACAUUUUUUGUAAUGUAGUGGGUCUUCGGUUAGGGGUCUUGGGGCGAUUAGCUGUUAGGGGGUUGUGGCGGUUAGGAGGUUAAUUUGUUAAGUGUUAGUUUGCGAUUGGGGUAAUGGCGGUUUAGUGGUUAAUAGAGUAAGGGGUUAUUGCGUUGUGGGUAUUAGCAGUUUAGAGGGUAAGUAGAGUAGGGAGUCUAUUGCGGUGAGGGUAGUGGUGGUUUAGGGGUUAAUUAGAGUAGGGAGUUUAUUGUGAUGGUGGUGUGGCAGUUUAGGGGUUAAUAGUGUAGGGGGCGGAUAGUGUAGGUAGAAAAACUUUAUUAUAUUUUUUGUGUGUGUUUAGUACAACUUUUUUCUCAGCCCAAACUCUUUAUGCGAACCUUCAAAUCGUGUAAAAUGCUAUUGCGUUCAAGCGAUCGCAUUUACUUUCAACUUGUAAUACGAGGGCGCAUUUACGCUUAUGCCGCCCAUAGAAAAUAUGGGGAGUAUAAAUUACCGCAAGGUUGCGCAAACAAAUUUGUGAUCAUUUAAACACCGCCGCACCUGUAAUGUGGAUGCGAGCUCAAAAAAUACCGCAAUCGCAUUUGCGCUCCUAAUGAUAUCGCACCACUUGUAAUCUAGGCCUAUAUAGAAAUAUUAGAUUCUGAAGCACAGAUAAAAAUCCCCAAAUCCAGAAUUAUUCUGAAAUCCAGACUUUUUCAUUAAUAUUUGUUUAAAAAUAAAAUUAGUCACAAUCA